CCGCUCCUCUCGGCCUCUCAAAGUGUUGGGAUUACAGGCGUGAGCCACCGCGCCCGGCCUGCCAGUGUUUUUCAGAGCGGCAUCCCCGUACCACCAGAAUCAGAAUCACCAGUCAAAGGUAAAAAUGUCAAUUCAGACCAAGUACAUCCCCUGAAGAAUUUUCAGCCUAGGGCUUUAAGAUGGCUUUCUUAAGAGGCGCGCGUAACCCAGUCUUCCUGCUCUGGCGCUGCGACCGCGGGGGCGCGAGUGGGCUCCGCCGCGUCCCGGCCCCGCCCCAUCCUGCCCUACAACUCCCGGCCUCGCUCCACCCCUCCCGGCCUCCUGCCGCAAUCUUGGCGGGAAGGCGCCGGACUCUUAAGAAGCCGAAAGAUGUCGGGGUCGGGCGCGGCGGCUGAGAAGGCGGACCCCAGACAGCGACCCCAGAUGAAGGUAAAUGAAUAUAAAGAAAAUCAAAACAUCGCUUAUGUGUCUCUGAAACCAGUACAGACUACAGUUUCAAUAAAAACAGCUACAGUCUAUCUUACCCCCUUUUCCCUCAGUAAUUAUCAGCUAGACCAGCUUAUGUGCCCCAAAUCCCUAUUAGAAAAGAAUUCUAACAAUGAAGUGGCCUGUAAGAAGACUAAAAUAAAGAAAACUUGCAGGAGGAUUAUACCUCCAAAGAUGAAAACCACAUCUUCCAAGGCAGAAUCCACACUGCAAAAUCCAUCCUCAGCUGUUCAUACUGAAAGUAACAAGCUACAACACGAGAGAACGACAGAUGCGAUGAAUCUCGGUGUUGAUAUGGAAAGUAGUCAGGAUGGAGACAGUGAUGAAGAUACCACACCAGGCCUGGAUGAUUUUUCAGGAUUGUCACCCUACGAAAGGAAGAGACUGAAGAACAUAUCAGAAAAUGCAAACUUUUUUGCUUCUCUUCAGUUGUCUGAGUCUGCUGCAAGACUCCGUGAAAUGAUAAAGAAGAGACAGCCUCCUAUAUCCAAGAGAAAGAAGCCUAAGAAGAGAGAAAAUGGGAUUGGAUGUAGAAGAUCAAUGCGAUUACUAAAAGCUGAUCCUUCAGGAGUUUUAUUACCAGCAACUCCAGCACCACCGGCAUUAGUAGCAGAUGAAACUCCUUUGUUACCUCCUGGGCCUUUAGAAAUGACUUCUGAAAAUCAAGAUGACAACAGUGAAGGAUUUAAAGGAUUUCUGCGGACAUGGGCAGGAAUGAGCAAGCCAAGUAGUAAGAACACUGAGAAGGAGUUAUCUAGCAUUAAAAGCUACAAAGCCAAUUUAAAUGGCAUGGUCAUUAGUGAAGAUACUGUUUACAAAGUUACCACAGGCCCAAUAUUCUCUAUGGCUCUCCACCCAUCAGAAACUAGAACUUUGGUAGCAGUUGGGGCCAAAUUUGGGCAAGUUGGACUUUGCGAUUUGACCCAGCAACCUAAAGAAGAUGGAGUUUAUGUUUUUCAUCCCCAUAGUCAGCCAGUUAGCUGUCUUUACUUUUCACCUGCCAAUCCGGCCCACAUACUGUCACUAAGCUAUGAUGGCACGUUACGCUGUGGGGAUUUUUCCAGGGCUGUUUUUGAAGAGGUGUAUAGAAAUGAAAGAAGUAGCUUUUCCUCCUUCGACUUCUUGGCAGAAGAUGCCUCCACUUUAAUAGUAGGACACUGGGAUGGAAAGAUGUCACUGGUGGAUAGACGGACACCUGGAACUUCUUAUGAGAAACUUAUCGGUUCUUCUAUGGGAAAAAUAAGAACUGUUCAUGUCCACCCAGUGCAUAGACAGUAUUUUAUCACUGCCGGAUUGAGGGAUAUUCAUAUUUAUGAUGCAAGGCACCUGAAUUGCAGGGGAAGUCAGCCUUUGAUUUCUUUGACUGAACAUACAAAGAGCAUCGCUUCUGCCUAUUUUUCACCUCUUACUGGUAACAGAGUGGUGACCACAUGUGCUGAUUGUAAUCUGAGAAUUUUUGACAGCAGCUGUAUAUCUUCUAACAUUCCUCUCCUCACCACCAUCAGGCACAAUACUUUCACUGGGCGAUGGCUGACCAGGUUCCAAGCCAUGUGGGAUCCUAAACAAGAAGACUGCAUCAUAGUUGGCAGCAUGGCCCGUCCACGACGGAUAGAAAUCUUCCAUGAGACAGGAAAGAGGGUGCAUUCUUUUGGUGGAGAAUGCCUUGUCUCUGUGUGUUCCAUCAAUGCCAUGCACCCAACUCGGUAUAUUUUGGCUGGAGGUAAUUCCAGUGGGAAGAUACAUGCUUUUAUGAAUUAAAAAAGCUGCCGAGUUUUUGGUUUAAGAACAUCAGUUUGUUCAAAUUGACCACUGUCUAAGGAACCUAGUAAUUGGCAUAGCUUAGUGUGUUUACUUGGUAAUGUGUUAGAUUUAGGAAAUAUAAAAUUGUUUUAUUAAUAAAACUAUAAGAAGUGUUUACUUUUAGUAAGGGAGAAGUCUUGGAGGUUACUUCUGUAGGAUGGGGAGGGAAUGUGAGGGGAGGCUGAAGUGCCUUCAGCACUUUUUUUUUUUUUUUUUGUUUGAGAUGGAGUUUUGCUCUUGUUGCCCAGUCUGGAGUGCAAUGGCACAGUCUUGGCUCACUGCAACCUUCGUCUCCUGGGUUCAAGUGAUUCUCUUGCCUCAGCCUACCGAGUAGCUGGGAUUAUAGGCACCCGCCACCAUACCUGGCUAAUUUUUGUAUUUUUAGUGGAGACAGGGUUUCACCAUGUUGGCCAGGCUGGUCUAGAACUCCUGACCUCAGGUGAGCCACCCAUCUUGGCCUCCCAAACUACUGGGAUUACACACCUAGAGCCAUCAGCACUUUUAAUCAAGACAGUAUGUUGAGAAAUAAUAACAUUAUAAAUUAUAAAGCUCUGACUAUUAUUAAAAGUUUUUAUGAGUUAAUGAUAUGGUUUUGAUUCUGUAGUGAUACAUGGAUUGGUGAUCUUUUUUAUAGUUUGGAAUGAAUACUUAUUUCUAGACUCACACUGGAAGGGGGCCUGGAAAGGUAAUCUAACUCAGUGAUUUUGAAACUUGAUUUUUUUUUAACUGAGAACUUUUUUUUGCCACCCUCCCUGUAGGUUAAAUCUUAUGUGAAAUGCUUUGGUUUACCCAGGGCGGGGUCUGGGUCUCUCUGUGCUUUCCUUUCCCCUUCCUCUAGAUGGCUCCUGAGACACAGCCAGGACUCCCAGGCACAGGGUGUGGAUCUGCCCUGGUCCCUGCAUUCCAGUGUAGAAUUGCCUCAGACCUGUGUUUUUCAGACUGUGGGUUUUUGCUCUUCACAUGAAAUCAGUUAAAUGACAAUGACUGGUGUUGAAAAAAAUGAAAAGGAAAUAAUUUGUAAAGAACAGAAAACAUAUUUGAGUAAGUAUUGUUUUGUAAAACUUAUAUAUGCAUAUAUAUUUGUAGGUAUAUAUGUUUAUGUAUAUUCUGAUGUAAAAAAAAUAUAUUUUUAAUUACUGUAGUACCAUGGGUAAUGGUUCAAGAAGCGAAAGCUACUGCUUAGAAUGUCCCAGUCUUACUUGUCCCCAUCUUUAAACUCUCCAAAGGAUAUUCAAUAGUGUUAAGUGAAUACCUUCAUUCUUAUUCAUAUUUGGGUAUAGUUUUGGUAUUUCUUUCAUCAAAAUAUUUUCUUUUCAGAAGUGAUGGUAAUUUCAAUGUGUUGUUGGGAGGGGAGCUGCCAGAUCAGUUACUUAUAUUACUGUGUGACAUCUAUCCAACUUUUUUGGUACUUUUUAAUUUCUAGAUACUACUGAAAGACUUGUAAAUGGCUUUGGCAAUAUGUUUGACUUCUAAGAGGAAAUAUUUUCUCAUAGUUGUAUAUCAGAGAAAUACAGUGAUAUAUAAUCUCUUUGAAAAACAAUUUCUAAAUAAUUUUCUUCUCUGUAGUUAAAAUCUAUGUGUAAAAAGGUUUAGUUUCUUAAUAGGUUUAGGUGUUUAUAAGUAACAGUUCUCAACUUUCUAGUUGAUGUAAGUAGGGGAAUUGACAAGUGAGAUGGAAAUGUUAAUUUAUAAAGGGAAAGUAAAGCUAGGUGAGGUUGAAUUAUAAUUAUACUGUUCAGGAAACACUGUAAAGGCUUUAGGCUACCUUUCUCAUUUCUAUGCCAGUUAAUUUCCUGGGUUCUAGAAUGGUUAUUCUAUGGGAAUUGUGUUUUUUAAUUUUUUCUUUUUAAGAUGAUGAAAACUACUCUCAAAUUAGUACCAUUAUUUAAGCUUUGAAUACCUGGCGGUAAUUGCCUGGACUCUUCAAUAAACAUUAGCAAAUUCUUGAUGUUUCUCACUUUUGUGGUUUCUUUUGAGAUUGUAGUUUCAUAAACAGUGCUAUUUACAUUGUUUCACUUUAUAGAGUUAUCUUGAGGCAAUGCAGGAAGGAAGGGGAAUGAGUAGGGACUUGUUUUUUUUUUUUUUUUUUUUUUUUUGGUUAUCAGCUUUUAAUGGAGUAAUUGUUUAAAUCUAGACAGCACAUAAAAUUGUUUCCCUUGGGACAUCCUUACAGUGUAAUCUGUAGUGCAAGGCACUUUUCCCAGAGACUUGCUUACAGCUGUGGCUUCUGUAAUUGCGUGUGUAUUAUGAUUGCUCCCUUCAGGAUAAAGGUUUUCUGUAAGUUUGGCUUUUAUGUUAUCUCUUAAGCCCUGAAUUCCACUUGAUGGAAUGUAA